CUCUGGGAUUUUAUGCUCAGUCGAUUUUGCGAGAGCUUCCUCGACGCAUACUUGAAAGUGUCCAGUUUAUUUUAUUAAGGGUACGACGAUGAGGGUUGCGGUAGUUAGCGUGGGAUUUUUGGGUCUCGUGUCGCUGUGUCUGGGGUCGCCCGUGGUACAACAGGUGGAGACGACAGUGCAGCCAGGAGCGUUGGAAAAUGAAAUUUCAUUUGACGAAGCGACAACGACGGAAGUGGUGUCAACUAAUGAAAUUGCCCGCAGUGAUGAUGCCAGUGACAUCAAAAACUUCAAGUACCCCUUGGAGCCUGAGCAGGACUUAACUGCAGAAAAUGAGCGACCGUUGGAAGACGCCAUCCCAAAAGAUUUCGACAUGAGCCAAACGAAUCUGUCAGUUGUCGCCAUGAAGGACCCCGACUCGGAAAUCUUCUCGGGACGAGCAAAUUGUCAGUGUGGAAAUCCGGGGGAGAGAAAUUUGCCUCUUCGAAUUAUUAAUGGGACAGUCGUCCGAAUUAAUGAUCUUCCAUGGACGGUUGCCCUUGUUCGGAAGGUUUGGUAUGGAGAACCCACUGGCGCAUAUUGCGGUGGAACCCUUAUAAAUUCCAAGUACAUCUUGACAGCAAGUCACUGUGUUGACGGAAUGUCGGCCAGAAAUAUCGAAGUGCGAGUUCAUGAAGAGGACUUUUCCAGUCAAACCGAGGUUGAUGGUGGGACACAGAAAUUGGCAGUAGAGAAAAUUAUAAUGCAUCCGUACUACGAUAGAAAAACCAUCAAUAAUGAUAUUGCUCUGCUGAAAUUGACCGAGCAUGUGCAACUGGACAAUGUCGUCGUUCCAGCCUGCUUGCCUGCCAACAACGACUACUCAUUUGAGGGAAUCGAAGGCACUGUUGCUGGAUGGGGGGCUACCACUGAAGGAUCUGGCGUGUCAUCGACCAUCAACAAAGUGGAAGUUCCGAUCAUUAGCAAUGAAGAUUGCAACUCCAAAACGAAAUAUGUUGGUAAAAUUAGUGAGAACAUGCUUUGUGCUGGGGACAUCGAACAGGGUGGAAAGGACAGCUGCCAGGGAGACUCUGGUGGACCGCUAACCAUUGCGAAUGGAGGAAGAAGAACACUGGUCGGAAUUGUGAGCUGGGGCUAUGGCUGUGCAAGACCUCUGUCUCCAGGAGUGUACACCAGAACGGGACGAUAUUCACAAUGGAUUGUUGCAAACUCGAAGGGAGCCAAAUGGUGCAACGCGUAAAACCUGAUUUUUCAGCUUUAUAUAUAUUUUUCUGUAAUUUAUUGGAAAUAAAAUUUAAUUUAUUGAAAAAUAAAAUAAAAACUCGAUUUGAAUUAAUACUUUAA